AUGGAAGAUUAUAUUCAGCAAGCAAAAUCAGAAGAAAGGAACACCUUUCAACGAUAUAUCAAUAAAUGCAAAUUAGUUUACGGUACGACAAUGUGUUUCAUAACCGUGACAGCUAUAAUAGUGUCGUUCGGACCAUUAUUCUUAGCUCAACCCUUUCCAAUCGAAGUUGAGUAUCCAUUCAAUGUGAACAAACAACCACUGAGAACUAUUAUUUACUUGCAUCAUAUGAUGAUUAUAUACCAAAGUCGUGUCCAAGUAUGUAGCAACGUCUUCGUAGCUCUUCUGCUUUGGUUCACAGCAGCAAGAUUCGAGAUUCUAUCCCAUAAAUUUCAGAAAAUUACAAGCAUCUCAGAAUUUACAAUCUGUAUACAGUUGCAUCAACGGCUAUUACG